GCCACCUUCAAUGAACAGCAAGAUCUUUUUUGUCAGAAGUUGCAACAGUGUUGUGUGCUCUUUGACUUCAUGGACUCUGUUUCAGACCUGAAAAGCAAAGAAAUUAAGAGAGCAACACUGAAUGAACUGGUGGAAUAUGUCUCAACAAAUCGUGGAGUGAUUGUUGAAUCAGCUUAUGCUGACAUAGUGAAAAUGAUUAGUUCUAAUAUUUUUAGAACACUUCCACCUAGUGAUAACCCGGAUUUUGAUCCAGAAGAAGAUGAACCAACUCUUGAAGCCUCAUGGCCGCACAUACAGUUGGUGUAUGAGUUUUUCCUGAGGUUUUUGGAGAGCCCGGAUUUUCAACCUAGCAUUGCAAAGCGAUAUAUUGACCAGAAAUUUGUACAGCAGUUGUUGGAGCUCUUUGAUAGUGAAGACCCACGAGAACGUGAUUUCCUAAAGACAGUUCUUCAUCGAAUUUAUGGAAAAUUCCUUGGUUUAAGAGCAUUCAUCAGGAAACAGAUUAACAACAUUUUCCUCAGGUUUAUAUAUGAAACGGAACACUUCAAUGGUGUUGCUGAACUUCUUGAGAUAUUAGGAAGUAUUAUCAAUGGUUUUGCACUGCCACUGAAAGCAGAACACAAACAGUUCCUUAUGAAAGUUCUGAUUCCCAUGCAUACUGCAAAGGGAUUAGCUUUGUUUCAUGCACAGCUCGCCUAUUGUGUUGUACAGUUCCUGGAAAAAGAUACAACUUUAACAGAGCCUGUAAUCAGAGGAUUGCUCAAAUUUUGGCCAAAAACUUGCAGUCAGAAAGAGGUCAUGUUUUUAGGUGAAAUUGAAGAAAUCCUAGAUGUAAUAGAACCGACACAAUUCAAAAAAAUAGAAGAGCCUUUAUUUAAGCAAAUAUCCAAGUGUGUGUCAAGUUCACAUUUUCAGGUUGCAGAAAGAGCUUUGUACUUCUGGAAUAAUGAAUAUAUUCUUAGCCUCAUUGAGGAGAACAUUGAUAAAAUUCUACCAAUUAUGUUUGGCAGUUUAUACAAGAUCUCCAAAGAGCACUGGAAUCCAACUAUUGUGGCACUGGUGUAUAACGUGCUGAAAACCCUGAUGGAAAUGAACGGCAAGCUUUUUGAUGAACUUACAAGCUCAUAUAAAGCAGAAAGGCAAAGAGAGAAAAAGAAAGAAUUGGAACGUGAAGAGUUGUGGAGAAAGCUAGAGGAGCUAAAGCUAAAGAAGGCAAUGGCAGAAAAGCAGAAUAGCACUCACAGUGUGCUAAACACACACAAUACAAGUGCCAAAUAAAAGAAUUGACCACCUCUGCUUGGCAGACAUACUUUUUUGUACCCUUUUGAGAUAUAUAAAGAUUUGCAAAAGAAACCUCAUCAGUA